AGCUAACACUGUUGCGCAGUUCCAUCUAAUCUAAAGUUCAAGGUACCGUAGACAGGUUGGGUUUGUUUCACUGGGCUCUGUCAUUCACAUGCACAGCUGCUGGCUGGUCUGUUUGUCUGCACAGAGGCCUUCUAAAUUCAAAGAUCAGACACCAUGGGAGAGUGGGGUUUUCUGUCCUCCUUACUGGACAAGGUCCAGUCCCACUCCACUGUCAUUGGGAAGGUCUGGCUCAGUGUGCUUUUUAUCUUCAGGAUCAUGAUCCUUGGAGCUGGAGCAGAGAAGGUGUGGGGGGAUGAACAGUCGAAUAUGGUUUGUAACACCAAACAGCCUGGUUGCAAGAACGUCUGCUACGACCAUGCCUUCCCUAUCUCACACAUCCGAUUCUGGGUCCUCCAGAUUAUCCUUGUGUCAACACCGACCCUUAUCUACCUCGGUCAUGUCCUCCACGUCAUCCACAAAGAAAAUAAAUUAAGGGAAUACAGGAAGACCCACUCGGGUGACAUUGUCAAACUUCCCAAGUACUCUGACGAAAAAGGCCAUGUUGAGAUAAAAGGCAACCUGCUGGGAAACUACAUGAUCUCCAUAUUCUUCAGAAUCCUCCUGGAGAUAGGAUUCAUUGUGGGGCAGUAUUACCUGUACGGCUUUGUCAUGGACCCAAGAAUCGUCUGCUCCCGAGCCCCCUGCCCCUUCACCGUAGAGUGCUUCAUGUCUCGACCCACAGAGAAGACCAUCUUCAUCAUCUUCAUGCUUGUCGUGUCCUGCAUCUCUCUUGUACUCAACGUGGCAGAAAUCUUCUACCUGGCUUGUUCUCGCUCAUCCAGACGGAGGUCUAAAACUGUGCCGGCCACUGCUCUUGCCAUUCACCCACGUUUGAACGGUGACAGUCUGAUGAAAAGUGAGAAGCUAGGCCUCCAUGAUGCCAGUCACAGCACAGCCUGAAGGUUGCCAUUUGGAUCCAAUGUAACAGUCGCAUAGUUACCAAGAAAGCAUCAGGGCACAAAAAAUGUGACUGAAAUGAGACCAUGGCCCACGUGACUAACACUCGGAGUUAUUUAUUUAUGAGAUGCUUAAAAAUUCAUGAAAAUUAUGCAAAUUUGGAGACAUAUAUGUAGACUAUUUAUGAAUAGUCAGAAACGUUUAAAUAUUUAAAUUUGCACAAGAAUAAUACAAUUCAUGGUAUUGUUUCACUAAAGCGUUUAUUUAAUUGUUCAAAAACUGAGUUAUGUGGUUUGUUGCUUUUGCACUAGCUAAAAGCCAUUUAGUUGUGCUACCAACCUGUUUACUCUAAAAAAUAAAAAAAAAAAACUAUGUAAGGGCUGUUAGUGCCACUUUGCCUUUUACUUUCUCCUGUGUUGGGUAAUUUGCAGGCAUGACUUUUAACACUGUAAAUAUUUAAAUUACAAAUCCUUUUUUUAUGUUUUGUAUUUUAAUAUGACUGUAUGUGCCUUGUGUUAAUGAUUGAUUAUUAAAAAAAAGGGUCCACAAA